AGCGUUGAAAAAAACAUAACGUCCAGUCUCGUCGACGGUCGUAUGUGAGGGACUUGUACUUCUACCAAAAUUUUCAAAAUCUUCAUUCCAAGUUUCUCAAAGUAUAUCCUUUUCGUUUCAUCAAAAGAAAAUGGUAGCAGCCGAUACAAAUACCACUACACCUACAACCGCUGUUGUUGGUGGAGCUGAAACAAAUAGUCCACGGCCAGCCAAGGUGCGUAAGAUUGACCCAGCUUCCGACGAUUCCACAGCUUCCACCAAGGAGCAAGACAAGCAGUCCUUCGUUCCAGUUCUAGACCUUGCUCCGAUGUUUUUGCCUGCUGACGCUGAAGGCCGCGAGGAGAGUGUGCAGAUGUUGGCCCGUGAGCUGAAGCGCACCAUGGAGGAAGUCGGGUUUUUUCAGAUCAAUUAUGACUGAGUAGCUGGGAAAAGUAAUGCUAAAAAUGGAAAUAUUUAUAAGGAGAGGGGUGUGACUCCUAUGUAUGUGUCAGGGUCAACAAGUGUUUCUUGCAACUUUGAUUCAUCUACUCACCUUUACUCGUCGUCUGCGUCUCUAACCUGUAGGCCACCACUUCCCAGCUCAGCAUUUGCAGGAGUUCCUUAUUCUCGCUCACGCCUUUUUCGAUUUACCCGAUGCCGAGAAAAGGAAAUUUCCAAUGACGCCAAGUUAUCCUUACGGGUAUGAAGCCGCUGAAAUCCUUGCCGCUGGGUUCGAGAAUGAACGGAAGACCGAAGUUGUCGAAAAAGAUGGGCAAGGAGCACAAGGAGAAGCCCCGUCGAAAAACAAGAAGACGCCAGAGCCUGAUAUGAAGGAGACCUUCAAUUUCACCUUGCAUCCGAAGUUUCCUCCGAAAUUUCCGAUAGACACGGUGUUUUUGGAACAGCUGGAUCAUGAUGAGAAUGAUGAGAAACGAAAGAAGGCGUUGGAACUGUUCAACAAACAUCAGGACGCAUUAGGAGAAAAUGCUGUGGAGAAAAACAAAAUCUUCUCCCACGCUUGCACACGAUACUAUGAGAGCAUGUUUUCGUUGGCAAAAGUUUUGCUCCGUCUCUUCGCCAGAGCUUUGGAGCUGCCAUCCGAAGACUGGUUUCUCGAAAAGGUCAACCAACAUCAAAGUGCUGUCCGGUAAUAGGAAUGAUUCUUCGAGGCUAGUGCUAGUUCUGUACAAGGCAUGCAAUCGAAAACUCAAAAUAAGCGAGUUACUGACUGAAAUACAAGACUCUUGACUACAUUCCUCUUCUUUAAGUAUCUCCCUUAUUUCAAGUAGUUACUCGCUUAUUUCAGUUUUACGAAAAUUGAAAGACCCAUCGACUUGUCCUUUGAUUACCAUCUUGUUCCAAUAAUAUCUUCCAUCGAGAUCAAAUCAACAACCUCAGAGCGCUGAACUACCCGCAUCAAGAUUCGUAUCAAGUGGGUCGCAUGCGUGCCUCAGAGCACUCGGAUUAUGGUAUCCUGACGAUCCUGAAGCAAGACACUACAGGCGGUCUACAAGUACGUCGUGAGCUCGGAGUGGACAAACAUGAUUGUUAUGCAGAGUGUUGGAGAAUGGUCUAGGUUUAAUAUUUUUCGGUUGUGAAAAUUAAUACGUACCACGUCCUGAGAAUGACUGAUGUGUUGAUCUCUCUCACAAUAUGUGCCGCGUGAAGUUGAGAGGUAUGCCACAGGAGAACCCUACUGCGUGAACAUUUACAUAAUGUUAGCUCUAGUCAAGUGCAGCUUUUCAUCCUCUAACCCCCGGUCGACGUUGGCAGCUCCGACGACUGUUUUGUCGUAAACAUCGGCGAUUUGAUGCAGCGAUGGACCAAUGACAAGUGGAAAAGCACCGUCCAUCGCGUGGUGAGUCCGAAACUAUUCGCUGAGCAAAAAAGCAACCGCCGGCAAUCAGUGGCAUUCUUCUUCAAUGCGAAUGAAGAUGCAGUGAUCGAAACGUUCGCAAGCUGCGUGGGCGAGGAGAACAAGUAUCCUCCGGUCAUUGCUGGCGAAUAUUUACUGGGGAAGCACGGAAAAGCGAAUCAAGAAACUACGACUGCUCCGGACGGGGAGAGCAAGAAAUAUAGGAAUGAGUUGGAACUUUCGACUGAUUCAACAAAUCUAGGGAGAAUCAUGUGAUGAAAUUCAGCUAUCUGUUUCUAAGAAUUGGAAGGCCAGGGGAUGAAGGAAAACAAAGUAAAAAAGUUGGAUAAGAUAGUAUCGGGAACGAAUCAAUUUUUUUUUCUCUGUCUACGUACGCAUCUUGGACUACACGCAUUUUGAACUACAUACGCAAACGCAGCCACGCACAUGACAACGACGGAUCAUCUCUUCCACCCUCAAUGAAUAAGGAUAAGAACCACGUGUAGUAAUCAGUAGAGUCACUCCUA